AUGGAUUCUAGAUAAUCAAAAGUAAUAGAGAAGAUUGAAAAAGCUGGCUUACUCGAGAAGCAUAACCAGCUAAUUACUUAAGGAUACACUAAUCCCUGGUUCAAUUAUAAGCUCUUAAAAGAGCAUGAUGGAAAUCUGGAUUCAGUUAUUGUUUUCUACAAUGAACACAGAAAGAAAAAGGAUGAAUAGAAUGCUAAGGCUUUGAAGAUAUUGGAAACUAUGGGUUGGUUAAACAAACAUCAAGAACUAGUUGAAAAGGGGUUUGCUCAAGUGAAAAAAAAUUUAAAAGCUUUGCUCAGAACUGAAGGAGAUGUAGCCAAAAGCAUUGAGAAAUUAAGUAACAAGAAGGAAGUUUAGACUGAUUAACCAAUUGAAUAAAUUGUUGAGUAACAUGGAUUUAAAGUGUAAUAUGAAAAAUUGAAGGAGAUGGGAUAUGACAAUGAUAAGAGAAUUGUUAGAUUGUUAUUGAAAUUCAAUGGAAAUUUGGAACCAAUCAUUGAUAAGCUAUUGAGUGGAAGAGAAGGCAGACACCAUCAUUGUAAGAAGAGAGAAGGAAAAUGUGAAAAGAAAGACAAAGACUCUUAAGAAUUCUAGGAAUUUAAAUUGAAAAAGAAAGAAUUCAAAAAGAAGCUUCAACAGCUGGAGUAGAGUGGAAUUCAUCGCCAUAAGGCAGUGAAACUUUUGGCCAUUUGGAAUGGAGACGCUGAUGCUGUCAUCAAAUGGGCCAAUUAAGUUAAACCACAAAACAAGGCUGAAACAUAAACUUUGUAAGAACAAUAAGUUCCUGCAUAAGAAUGA